AUGUUCAUCUCCUCCUCCAAUGGUCAACGCACCAUCCUUCUCUUUUAUGUUGAUGACAUGAUCAUUACUAAUGACUAUCCAUCGACUAUCAACCAGAUCAAAUCUCACCUCCAACAAGAGUUUAAAAUGAAAGACCUAGGUAAUGUACAUUACUUCCUCGGACUGGAGAUCACUCAAACACCACGUGGCUACCACCUAUAUCAACAGAAAUUUGUCACUGAGUACAUCAUCAAUCGUGCAGGCACAAGAGAUUCCAAACCAGCUCGGACGCCCCUUGAACUGAACGUCAAACUCAACACCACCGAUGGUGAUCCUCUCUCUAAUGCAACUAAAUAUCGACAUCUUGUAGGAAGCUUGGUCUACCUCACUAUCACCAGACUUGACAUCUCUCAUGCAGUUUAUGUCCUCAGUCAAUUUGUCACAGCACCUCACUAUCCUCAUCAAUCAAUAUUGCUUCGUGCUCUACGCUACAUUUGUGAGGCACUAUGCAGAGCACUGUUUUUCUCAGCGUCAUCAUCACUCAUCCUUCGUGGCUAUAGUGAUGCUGACUGGGCAGGCGACACUACCGAUCACAGAUCUACCACUGGCUAUUGUAUCUUCCUAGGUGACUCUCAAAUAUCUUGGAAAUCUAAAAAACAUGAUGUUAUCUCUCGCUCUAGUGCGGAAUCAGAAUAUCACGUCAUGGCAUCUACAACAAUAGAGAUCAUCUGGCUUUUACGAAUGCAAUCUUGUCUUAUACGAAUGCAUGAAGCACAUAGAGAUUGA